AGACGAAUCUCCGUCUACAGGUGCUGUAGAUUAAUACUGUGACCGUGCAGUAAACUUUUAUCAAGGUGUCUUGAUAAACUUUAUAGUCUCUAAACAAAGUGUACUGGUUUAAUUUCUUUGAUAAAUACAACGAGGUUGUAUUUUUUUGAAAUAAAAAAUUUAUAAGCAACGUGGUUGCUUAAAUCCUACUGAAUAAUUGUAUUUCAGUUAUUUAUAAACUUCCGUUUAUGGAAAUUUUCCAACCUAAUUGUUUGGGUUGGAGAUUAUUCUUCCUGUAAUCAGCUGUUCAACAUGGCGGAAAGUAUGCUGCAAAAUAAAAAUUCGGCCAAAAAUUCACCCCAAAUAAUGCAAGCUAAAGAAACAGGUGCUUCGCAGAAGCCAGAUGCCGAUGCAAUUCAGCCAGAAGGUUCCUCGGGGAGGAAAGAAACUGGAAAAAAGUCAGAAAAACAGCCUGUAAAGUCAUCAGCAAAGUCAAAGGCUCCUAUCACGUGCGAGAAGGACUUGAAUAAAGAAGUUCUGAAAAUAUUACAGGAAAUGAACUCUAACAUAAAUAAGCAAGGUCAGGACUUGAAAAUAUUGUCUGAAAGAGUUGAUACGUUGUAUCAGGGCAAUGACAGUAACCAGGACUCCUUUGACAGUAACCAGGGAUGCUAUGAUGAUUCAUAUGAUUAUGAUGAUGAGGGCGACGAGAAUUACCCCCCUAAUUAUUCUGAUAAUGAUCAUUCAGUCGGAAAUGAAGAUGUCCAGAUUGAUCCACACCCGGUUGAACCCCCAUUCAAGAAACCGAAGACAUUAUUUCAGGGUCUUUCUGACAAGUUUCUGCUUGCAGACAAAGUGGACACGAAUGUAAACGAAGAUCUUGCAGACUUUGUCAAUAGAUCUUUUAGAAACGGUGUUCCAGAGGAAACAAUUCAAGAAAUCCUCAAAGAAGUACACAGACCACAGAACUGUGAAGCUUUGACAAAAACCAGAGUUAAUCCGGGUAUGUGGAGAUUGCUAAAGGCACAUACCCAAACUGAGGAUGCAAAAAUGCAGUUGAUUCAAAAUUGUGUUGUCAAAGCAUCAAUUAACAUUGUAAAGUUGUUGCACAAACAGGGAGACACCGAUUCACAAGCAUUUGAGUUGGGAAGUAAUGCCUUGGCGCUGCUGGGCCAUUCUAACAAACUUAUUAAUAACAGACGGAAAGAAUCCCACAAGAAUGAUUUUGACCCUAAAUACUUUCCACUGACGUCACCCAGCUUACCCUAUACAGAGUUCCUCUAUGGGAAUGAAACGGAUAUAAACAAGAAUGUUAAGGACAUUCAAGAUAUGAGUAGAAUCGGUAAAGUUGGGCGUACUCCACGUGGUAGAGGAUACAGAAGUUUUCCGUAUCGAAGGGGAGGUCGUGGAGGAUUCAGACGUGGAUAUAGGGGUCGUGGUUACAGGCCUGCUGAAACGGCUGCUAUACCCAGUUCCAACUACACAAAAAACUCCAAGGAGGGGCAGAAGAAGUAAAACAGUUUGGUGGCACGAGCUCUACAGAAGCUGAGACAAGACCAAGGAGACUGUAUUAUGAUAGUGCCACUUUGGCCCACACAGAAUUGGUGGAACGACCUCCUAGAACUGUUGAUAGACAUUCCGUACAUAAUACCAGUG